AUGUGCUGCUCCCCUUGCUGCCAGCCCACCUGCUGCAGGACCACCUGCUGCAGAACCACCUGCUGCAGGCCCAGCUGCUGUGGGUCCUGCUGCUGCCAGCCUUGCUGCCGCCCUUGCUGUGUGAGCAGCUGCUGCCGGCCUUGCUGCUGUAGCACUCCUUGCUGCCAGCCCAGCUGCUGUGGGUCCAGCUGUGGUGGGUCCUGCUGCUGCCAGCCUUGCUGCUGCUGCUCCCCUUGCUGCCAGCCCACCUGCUGCAGGACCACCUGCUGCAGAACCACCUGCUGCAGCCCUUGCUGUGGGCCCUGCUGCUGCCACCCAACCUGCUGUCAGACCACCUGCUGCAGGACCACCUGCUGCCGCCCCUGCUGUGUGAGCAGCUGCUGCCAGCCUUGCUGCUGUUGCACUCCCUGCUGCCAGCCCAGCUGCUGUGGGUCCUGCUGCUGCCAGCCUUGCUGCCGCCCAACCUGCUGUCAGACCACCUGCUGCAGGACCACCUGCUGCCGCCCCUGCUGUGUGUCCAGCUGCUGCCAGCCUUGCUGCUGCUGCUCCCCUUGCUGCCAGCCCACCUGCUGCAGGACCACCUGCUGCAGAACCACCUGCUGCAGGCCCAGCUGCUGUGGGUCCUGCUGCUGCCAGCCUUGCUGCCGCCCUUGCUGUGUGAGCAGCUGCUGCCGGCCUUGCUGCUGCCCAACCUGCUGUCAGACCACCUGCUGUAGGACCACUUGUUGCCAGCCCAGCUGCUGCUGCUGCCAGCCUUGCUGCUGUAGCACCCCCUGCUGCCAGCCCACCUGCUGUGGGUCCUGCUGCUGCCAGCCUUGCUGCUGCCCCAGUUGCUGCUGCACGCCCUGCUGCCAACAGGUUUGCUGCUGUCCUGUGCACGUCUGCAGAACCUGCUACUACCCCACCUGCUGCUGCGUGCCUGGGUGCAUAGCCUAUGACUGCGGAUCCUGCUGCUGCCAGCCUUGCUGCUGCUGAUCACCCUGCCAGACAACCUGCUGUCAGACCGCGUCUGCAUCUCCAAGAUGUAGGUCUGAGACUCCAGUUACAUCGGUUGGCAAGCUGUGGUUGCUGUCACUGCUCAUUUGUGGUUGUCACUGA